UCUUAAGUGACCUGUGCUGUGUGGCUGGAGUGAACUUUCAAUAAUGAGUGGUGCAGCGUUGGGCCUUGAGAUAGUAUUUGUCUUUUUUCUGGCCUUAUUCCUGCUUCAUCGGUAUGGAGACUUCAAGAAACAGCAUAGGCUGGUGAUCAUAGCAACACUAUUGGCUUGGUAUCUUUGCUUUCUUAUUGUAUUUAUACUGCCUCUGGAUGUCAGUACGACUAUUUAUAAUCGGUGCAAACUUGCUGUUAACUCCAGCCCUGCAGAAAGUAAUGGCUCUUACGUUACUCUUGCUCCAAGCAAGCAAAAAUGUUUCAAACCAUGGAGUUAUAUUCCUAAUGGAAUUAUGCCAAUUUUCUGGCGUGUUGUAUAUUGGACGUCGCAGUUUUUAACAUGGAUUCUGCUACCUUUCAUGCAGUCAUAUGCUAGAUCAGGAGGGUUCUCCAUUACUGGAAAGAUUAAAACUGCAUUAAUUGAGAAUGCAAUCUAUUAUGGCACUUACUUGCUGAUUUUUGGAGCAUUUUUAAUAUAUGUGGCUGUAAACCCAAACUUCAAUUUACAGUGGAACCAACUUCAGACUAUUGGGAUAGCUGCUGCAAACACAUGGGGUCUCUUUCUUCUUGUGUUGCUUUUGGGUUAUGGUUUGGUGGAAAUUCCCCGUUCUCACUGGAAUGGGGCCAAGAGGGGUUAUCUACUCAUGAAGACCUAUUUCAAAGCUGCCAAACUGAUGACUGAAAAAGCAGAUGCAGAGGAGAAUUUAGAGGAUAUUAUGGAAGAAGUCCGUAAAGUAAGUGAGAGUAUCAAGUAUAACCACCCUUUGAGAAAAUGUGUUGAUACAAUACUGAAAAAGUGUCCUACUGAGUACCAGGAAAGAAUGGGUAGGAACAUGGACGAUUAUGAAGAUUUUGAUGAAAGACAGAACAGUUAUCCAAGUGAAAAAAGUUUGGUCAAACUUCACAAGCAGGUAAUCUAUUCAGUACAGAGACAUCGUCGUACACAGGUCCAGUGGCAAAUUCUUUUAGAACAAGCAUUUUACCUAGAAGAUGUGGCAAAAAAUGAAACCAGUGCAACUCGACAGUUUGUUCAUACUUUUCAUUCCCAGGAACCAGAGAAUAAAAUUAUUCGGUAUUUCUACACACCAACUGUUGAGUGGUACUGGGAAUGUCUUCUACGACCAUGGUUUUACAGGGUGCUUGCAGUUGUUCUGGCCACGUUCUCUGUAAUUGUUGUGUGGUCGGAGUGCACGUUUUUCAGCACAAAACCAGUUUUAUCACUAUUUGCAGUUUUCAUACAGCUGGCAGAAAAGACAUAUAAUUAUAUAUACAUAGAGAUGGCCUGUUUUCUUACCAUCUUUUUCCUAAGUAUCUGUGUUUACUCUACUGUCUUCAGGAUCCGUGUAUUCAACUAUUAUUACUUAGCUUCACAUCAUCAGACAGAUGCAUACAGUCUCCUUUUCAGUGGCAUGUUAUUUUGCCGUCUUACUCCACCAUUAUGCUUGAACUUUUUGGGCUUGACCCAUAUGGAUGCAACAAUCUCUCACAAAAACACUCAGCCAACUGCUUAUACGUCUAUAAUGGGAUCCAUGAGAGUGCUGUCCUUCAUUGCAGAUGGAUUCUAUAUAUAUUACCCAAUGCUUGUUGUCAUUCUCUGUAUUGCCACAUACUUUAGUUUAGGAACUCGUUGUUUGAAUCUUUUGGGAUUCCAGCAGUUCAUGGGGGAUAGCGAAAUGACCUCUGAUUUGAUUGAUGAAGGAAAAGAGCUAAUCAGAAGAGAGAAAAGAAAACGACAAAGGCAGGAGGAAGGUGAAAACAGAAGAAGGGAAUGGAAGGAGCGGUAUGGAAAUAGAGACGAUUCCACUAGAAACAGAGCUGUCCACACAGACCAAAAAGAAUCCAGCUUCUCAGAGACCAAUACCAACAGAUCACUAUCAAAGUAUACCCGAUCAAAUGGCAGGACUGAAAGAGAUAGAAUAGAACUCCUCCAGGAUGCAGAACCUUUGGAUUUUAAUGCAGACUCAAUUAAUGAUGACCCUCUUGAAGCGGACUCGGGAAGGUACCAGCCUGGUGGAAGAUACCUGUCAAUGUCUCGAAGCAAAAUAUUUGAUGAUGUCUAAACUCUUCAAAGCUAAAGAAAAUUCAGCAGAAAUCUUUUUCCUACUCAUUGCUUGGAAAAUACUGUAUUUAUGAUAUAUCACGGAACCAGAAAAGACCAUUUUUGUUUAAAAAAAGAAUAUGAAGGAACAACUAUUUUGGAAGUGCACCUGUAUAACAACUUGACUACUUAUGACAAGCAUAUGCUUCUUCUAUUGUAGAUAUUGGAUAUUGUUGUGCAUCAGUGUGGGCUUUUGUGUCGUGACCAAAAGGAGAAAACUAUUAAUUAAGUAAAUAGAGGGUAAACUUCAUAAAUAUACCUAGAGCUCAACUUGAACUGUAACAUUGUAAGUUUAAGGAAGAGGAUUUUUUGGAAGGAAUUUUUUUGUAUUUUAACAGAUGCUGUGAGAGCAUCUUAAUGCAUCCAAAGUGCAGUUAUAUCAAUUACUGUAGUAAACACUUUCUAUAAUUUUUCUAUUUGAGCUUUAUGCCUAGUCCAAAAUCUACUGAAUUAAGUUAAGGUUUCUUUUGGCUUCAGUGGUCUUUGAAUCAGUCUGUGUAUAAGCAGAAAGAUUGAAUGGCAGGCUGUUCUUCAUAAAAUCAUAAAACACAUGUUCCAGUAUUUAAAGGGUGGCUACAAAAAAGAUGGAGACUCCCUUUUUACAAGGAGUCACAUGGAAAAGACGAGGGGUAAUGGGUGCAAGUUACUCCUGAGGAGGUUCCGAUUGGACACAAGAGGAAAAUUUUUCACAAUGAGAACAAUCAGCCAUUGGAAUAGUCUCCCCAGGGAAGUGGUGGAUUCCCCAGCAUUGGACAUUUUUAAGUUUCGGCUGGACAGUUUCUAGACUGUGCUUUUGCCAAGAAAGGUUGGACCACGUGAUUCUUGAGGUCCCUUCCAACCUGGUAUUCUGUGAUUCUAUGAUUCUAUGAAAUUUGGUGGCAUAAAUUUUGGAGCAAGGUGUAUUGGUCAAGAAAGGCAGUAUUUUUUCUUUUCCAACAUUAUAUGCAGAUAAAUGAUUUUAGCAUGUGUAAAUAGUUGACAUUGAAUAUGGACCAGAGUUUCACUGUCAUAUGAGCAUAUGUGCAAUAGCAAGAAUACAUUAUCGAAGAUACGGUGUCUGCUUAAGAUUUUUACAGUUGUAACAGUUGAAAAUCUUGGCACACUAAUGUUUUUGUUACUGUAAAAGAAAUACAAUGUGAAAAUUGAGCUAGAUGCUGAAACAUCAUGAUUUGCACACACCUCAGGCACGGCUUCAAAUUGUAGAGUAUUUCUUUAAAAGAAGGGAAAUACAUAGCAUGACUAGAUAAUGGUAAACACUUUUAAUGUCCCAAAUGCCCUGGUUGCAUUAUGUAUCUGUUUCUAUGGUGCCUGUAUUUUGCAGUAAGUUGUUGCAAAAAUAAUAAUGCUUAUUCAUUUGAAUGCCAUUCAAAAAUGCCAAUUAUUAACAGUGUAAAAAAGCUUCACAUUAAUUUCAUUGGUGUAGAUACACGUUUAAACCGUAGUUAGUUGAAUGAAUUUUCAAAUGUAAUCAUAAGGUAAAAGAUGUGGUCAAAUUCAUGAUAUCUUUGGAAAUUUGAUUAAUUUAAAAUGUUGCUUUGCUGCAGUUUGUCUUCAGUCUUUACCACUUGGGAGUUUUCUUAUGUGCUUAUUGCAAAGUUAUGUUGAAAACUGAAAGAGAACAUGUUUCUAUCAUAAAUUCUUUACCAUGCUUAAAAACCAGACAUCCCUUAAAGCAGCUAGGAAUGAGUUACUCUGAAAAGUAAAUUUUCAUGAAUGAGGUAUUCUACUAAUUUUUAAAAACAGUCUUUGUUUUCUGAAGUAAUUGUUAAUGGGAAUCUAACUACCUCCUGUGAUUUAGUACAUCAUGCGUUCUAACAGUAGUGAUAUUUGUAAUAUAUUGAUCUGCCUGUUUUAAAACACUGAAUUGUUACUAUGAAGGUACUCUGUAUAGAAAGAAUUAUAUUAAUAAAUUGGCAGACAUAAAAUAA